AUGCCGAUCACGAUACAUCCCCCGAGCGUUGCUCAGGAGCCAACUCGCAGUCUGUACCAAGAUGGUUCUCAGUCCGACUCCGACUCGGACGGCGGCGUCGACUUGGACGGUGACGUCUCCAUGGGCCGCCCCACCAAGCGGGCGAGAAGGGACGAGGCCAUCGUGACGCCCGGCGAAGUUAUUACUGAGGACCCCCAAUGGAUGCGUGGUCACGGCACAUACACCAUUCCCGAACCACCGCAGAUCAUAUCGUCAGUCGCCGGUACCCUGUCCAAAACCAACAAGCUCCUCUCUGUCCGUCCCUUGCGCGCGCGGUACACACCUGAGAUCGGUGACCUGGUGGUGGGACGUAUUGUGGAGGUGCAAGCCCGUCGCUGGCGGGUGGACGUCGGCGCAGCACUGCUGGCACAGCUGCCCCUGUCCGCCAUCAACCUUCCCGGCGGUAUCCAACGCCGUAGAACCGAGACCGACGAGCUGCAGAUCCGCACAUUCUUCAGCGAGGGCGAACUCCUGGUGGCAGAAGUGCAGCAAUUGUACAACGACGGUGCAGCGGUGCUGCAUACGCGAAGUUUGAAGUACGGCAAGUUACGGAACGGCGUCUUCAUGGCAGUCACUGGCACGGGUGGUGGCGGUGGUGUAGUCAGGGCCCGGCGUCAAGCAUUCACGCUGGACAUUUCAAGCUCGGGGGCAGAGGGUGGUGAGAAGAUCGAUGUCAUCCUGGGCGUCAACGGUUACAUUUGGAUCAGCAAGCAUAUAGAAGGCGAGGGUGCUGCCGCCGAGUCCAGCGGUCCAGGCAUCACAAGGAUCGAGGAGAGCGUGGGCUUGAACGUCUACUCGAGCCAAAACGACUCGAUACCCCUGGACACAAUGCGUGAGAUAGCACGGACACGAGGGGUGAUCACGGCUCUGGUUGAGAACGGCCUGAGGGUGGACGAGGAGAUGGUCACCAAGGGCUAUCAAGAGGCCGUAGAGAUGGCCAGAGGCGAAGGAGAGGGGGACGAUUCUCUAUGGCUAGGAGGGGAGAAGGGCAAGCGGCUGGCUGACGCAUUGGUUGGGCGAUGA